ACUGCUUAUUCUCAUUCUAAUCGGAUGAGCCCAUGAUGAUGACUACUUAAACCCUGAGCCUUCCUUCCUCCAAAACAACGUUGUUAGUGCAUGGUAUGGUUUAUGGAAAAUGUGUCUAAUGUGGGAUACAGGCAAGAUGGAAUGCGAAAUAUAUUUGGAUUUUGCUAUGAUGCCUGAAGCCAUGAAUGCUGCCAGAGCGCUCGUCAUUAUCGCGAUCAUCGUUGGGGUCUUUGGGAUCCUGCUUGGCGUGACCGGCAACAAGCGCACUAACUUCAUGUCAGAUGACGGGCAAAAGAGCAAAGUGGCCUUUGGUUCUGGACUUCUCUUCAUCAUCGCAGGUUUCCUGGUGCUUACACCUGUCUGCUGGAUCGCCAACAUCUCUGUUCGUGAGUCAUACAAAAUGGACAGACAGGUUUCCAGCAUGAAUCCUGGAGCCUCACUCUACAUCGGCUGGUUCACUGCUGGGCUUCUGUUCCCGCAAGAAUGAUAAUGUCAUACUGAAUAUACAGUUAGGUAGUUCAGUGCUCGCUCUGUGUAAGUAAGGCGUUAAUUAUCUCAGCUAUGUAAGGCUUGCUUUUUGAUA